AAUUACUAAAAUUUUAUAGUCACGGAAAAUGUAGUAAGAAUCAAUAUUUUAUAGGUGGAAUAACUAAAACAGUAUAGUUAUUAAGACUAUAUAAAAAUAGUUGGUUUCAAUAGUGAAUAUUACUAUAUUUUAUAGCCCAAAUAAUUGAAUACUAUAGCAAUAGAUUAAAUUGCUAUAAAUUAUUAUAAGUCGAACUGUCGAAAUAUAAUUCGGCGAAAACUAAACACGCGCGAGUCGCAAACACAAAGGUAAAAUUAGGCACAAGGCAACACGCGCGGCAUGAAAUAAAAAUUCUUAAGAAUUUUGUCUCUUGCAAAACAUAUUAUCAGCUAAUGGAUGGUGGUCACCAUUACCCUUAUGUCAAUCAUGUAUUUAUCAUACUUUGCGACACUUCUACAAGAAAGUUCGACGCUCUACGGCUCUCUAAGUUUCAAUGGAUUCAAGUCAAAAAGGUAUAGAAGAAUUCUUUCCUUCAGUAAACAAAUAUGUCUACUUCAUCCCUUAUUAUAAAGAAGGUAAUAACAUGAGUCCUAAUCGAGGAAAAUUGUAUGAUAAAUAUUGUAAUUUAAAAAAAAAGAUAAAGAAAAUAAAUUCUCAAAGUAAUAAAAAACAUAAUAAAGACAAUGAAGUUUUUAUCAACGAAGAAGAUAUUUUAGAUUCAAUAUAUUGGUUAAAGCACAAUAUAGAACCAGAAAUCAUUUUACACCAGUUAUGGGCUGAAACUGCUCAUUAUAGAAAUACUAAGCAAAUAAACAAAAAUGCUAUUCAUAAAUAUCCAGCUUUAAAAAAGGCAACAGGUCAUAUACUUGUAAGUUUAGUCACACAAUCUACAAAAGGUGUUCUUAUGCCAUAAUAGAUUUGAAAAAUGUCUGAAUUGCAGUAAAUUUAAUUAAUAUUAAAAUAAA